CACUCGUAUGGAAGCAGUUACCCACGUGCGAUGAAACUGCCAGCUCGACUGCGAAUUCGUAUUUUUUUAAAUAAAAUGUUGAAGACCAUCGCUCUCUUGCUUCUUUUGACAGAUCUAAAAGUGCUUCACGAAGGAGUGUGUGCAGGCGAGGUUCAUUAAUAAUCCAUACGGCUUCGAGACGGAUAGGUCUCAUAGGAUGUUGUUCUUCAAAUAUUCAAUGACUCAUACCUUCAUUUUACGUACGAUCUACUUAUAAUCUACUUACAUUUUACGAUACCAAUAUGAAAUUUUGUUUAUUCAGACGAAGACAAAGGAAGUAAAAUAAUUUUUAAUCAAUCCAAUGCGUUAUAUUAUUAAAACCGUAAGUGACUUCAUAACAACAACAAGAGAAAAAGUGAGUAUAAACAUUCCUUAUUCAUGCAUAAUGGCAUUGUAAUUGACAUUUAAAAAAUAGGAAAUAGUAAUUAAAGUUUCCUCGAUAAUUUUUUCACGCUCGCUGAAUGAGCAUCGUUUAUUAGCACUAUUAAAAAGAGGAAAAAGAACAAUUCCAAUAAAAAUGAAAUCUUCCAUCAAAUCCGCUAAGCCAGUUAAACGCCUGGAUACAGACGGCUUUAUUGUGACAUUAAAGAGGACGAGCAUAAAGUUAAACUCGACACAAGUCGUUCACUAAAACGCCAAGAUCUAAUUAACUUCUUGCUGCGUUCCAUACAAAACUCAUUUAAACACUUCGAACUUCAAAAUGUUUCUUCAACGCGGCAAUUGCAUUAGCAUGAAUAAGUGCUGUUUUCAUAACGUCAGCAUAAGUCUUGUUAGAAGAAAAUCUGAAUUGGUAAUUUCCUCGCCUGCUCGUGAUGUCCCUCUCUAUAAUCCGUCCACACGGACGUUCUCUCUCUCUCUCUCUCUCUCUCUCUCUCUCUCUCUCUCUCUCUCUCUCUCUCUCUCUCUCUCAAUACCACCACCGCCAAAGCUGACCGACACGCUCGAAGAUCAUCUUUCGUUAUCGAUUCUGUUUGUGGAUACUCGUUCUUCUGUGUGUGAAGCAGUUAGCGACGCACUUCGAUACCGAACGCAGCUCACCAUUCCGGAGUCGCUCGCCCGAUAAUAAGUGCAAAGCUAAGAAAUUUCGGAUUCCACGUUGAAAGCCACCGACAUGUCGAAAGCAUUCGUCAUCCUCGUAUCUUCAAUCGUAAUUCUGGCGCUGGCGUUCGAGUCCCGCGCGCAGGAGACGCAGGUCCUACCCGAGGGCUGUGUGUGCGCAGCCACGGACGAGCUGGACCCGGUCUGCGGCAACAAUGGUGUCACCUACCCGAACCUUGCCACGCUGAGGUGUGCCAACGAAUGCGUCAAGUACAGCAUCCAUCACAUGCAUCAUGGGCCGUGCCGGACUUGAUCUGUUUGGAAGAAUUAAUUCAUCAAUGGGAUCCCCCUUUUAUUUAAUUGUUUUUGAUUAACGUUGAGAUUAUGAUUUCUUUUUAUUUUACUUUACUGGAAAAAUAAAAUUUUAUUUACUUUACAA